AUGGACGGCACACGCUCCACCUCACCAAAACGCCGGAGAGACAACGACGACGGCUAUGAUGACGCGCCGCCCCGCAAACGCUCCGCAUCCCGCACACCACCCAAUGCCUCUCCAUCCUACCGACUAGCGGAGCGACCCGCGCGCCGUUACAGCAGGGAAGACAGCGAAGACGACCGACGAUACUUCAGGGAUAGACGAGCUCCCCAGUCCCGGUCAAGAUCACGGUCACGUUCAACAUCACAGUCUCCUUCCUCAUCUCAACGGCACUCGCGCUCUCCUAAGCCCCCACCAAAGCCCACAGAACUCCACUACAAACCAACGUUGAUACUACGCGGCCAUAAGAAACCCAUUGCCGCAGUCCGAUUCUCACCAGAUGGGAAAUGGAUUGCAUCUGCAAGCGCAGACUGCACCAUCAAGAUUUGGGACGCGCAUACCGGCCAACUCGAGCACACACUUGAAGGCCAUUUAGCAGGUGUGUCCACCAUCUCGUGGGCGCCAGACUCUAGGAUCUUGGCUUCAGGCUCAGAUGACAAGAGCAUACGGCUGUGGGACACGACAACAGGCCUCGCGCAUCCAACACCCUUCAUUGGUCACCACAACUAUGUCUAUUCGCUCGCCUUUUCGCCAAAGGGCAACAUGCUCGUUUCUGGAUCCUACGAUGAAGCUGUCUAUCUGUGGGACGUGCGCGCUGCAAGAGUGAUGCGAUCGCUACCUGCUCACAGCGACCCCGUGGGCGGUGUAGAUUUUGUGCGCGACGGUACACUCAUCGUUUCCUGUUCCCAUGACGGCUUGAUCCGAGUAUGGGACACAGCGACAGGGCAAUGUCUCCGAACUCUGGUCCACGAAGAUAACGCCCCUGUAUCGUCAGUGAUUUUCAGCCCAAAUGGCAAAUACGUGCUAGCUUGGACAUUGGACUCGUGCAUCAGGCUUUGGAACUACAUCGAGGGGAAGGGGAAGUGCGUCAAGACGUACCAGGGACACGCCAAUAAGAAUUACUCCGUUUCGGGCGCCUUUGGAACGUACGGUGGUCAGCCACCGCACGAGUACGCGUUCAUAGCAUCCGGCAGCGAAGAGGGAAAUGUUGUGCUGUGGGAUGUGAGUAGCAAAAACGUGCUACAGAGAUUGGAAGGGCAUACCGAGGCUGUUCUCACAGUUGAUACACACCCCACAGAAAAGCUUAUCGUGAGUGCGGGCCUGGAUAGAGUGGUUAGGUUGUGGAAGGCUGCUAAUCCGCCAGUGGGUGGAGAAAAGGAUGGAUUACGGAAUGGGGUGGUGGAGGAGAAAGAGAAGGAGACAAAUGAAUUUGAUCCGGAGACUCUACCACCAAAUCCUUUCGCAGAGGCUUAA